AUGCUUGCUCUUCGACCUGCCUACCUCAUCUUACUAGUCGUCCUACUAUCAUUGGUUGAGGCUCUUCCGCCAUGUCCGAAGCUUAAAAAUUUACCGAUUGAUAAAGAGACUCAACGAUUUAUCGAUUCACUCAAUGCGGUGAAGAAGGGUGUAGACCGUUUGAAAACCUUGAAAAACACACCUGCCGAUCGAAAAACUCUGCUUGAUGUGGGAUCAGAUGCGUACUGUCAACUGGUCGCACUCAGUUUUUCGCGACAACGGGUCAUAACUCUUGUAGGGGAGCCGGUGGCUAGCCUGAUGCAUAAGUACACCGACAAGCCCUUUGAUGAGUUAAAUAAAGCAUUUUUGGAAUUUCAAAAUUUGCAAGUAGUAGCUGCAAUUCAACAUGCCAAGGACUUUGCGGUUGACAUGAGUAAGUUGAUUGAAGAUAUCAGAAAACGUAAGAUCCUUCAAACUGCUUUGAUUAUGAUUAUAUUGAUGAACAGAUGUGUACUACCUUCUACUUAA